GUGCUUUGCAAAAAUAACCUAACUUUUUCCGCAAGCGAUUUUCAUUGUGCGUAACAUAAACAUUUCAUUUUGAUUGAAUAAAGUCCCUAUUAUGUUAUUUGAGACAUAUGCCUUUUGUUCAGAGUUGUGAAGUAUAAAAAUAUAGGUGAUCCCAGCCAGUAGCCAGACUUCUGCAGAUGCUGAGGAAGAUUAGAGAUGCAGCGGUUACUCAUUUGAGGAGUGUAAUAUUUGGAGAUCAUACAUGUUGGAAUCUCCACAUAACUUUUUGAACAGUGGAUCACUACGAAAAAUUCAGCUGCGGGUGUCAACCCCUGAGGUCCUGAGAAUUAUCAGAAGUUCAGCGAUUACUUGUGAUCUAACCAGAAGGCACAGCUCUGUAGAAUAUUUGCAGGCCAUAACAUUUGUGCCAAUUAAAGCUGGGGAAUGGAAACAUCUGGACCAUAAUAAUGUUAAUGCAAAUUUGUUUGUAGGAAAAUGUAUGAGAUUUAUAUAAUAAAUAUAUAUUUAGAUAUUUGC